AUCCUGUGUCAUAUACAGUUGCGUACAUCUAACAGCAGGAGGCUCCCUGCCUUCAACUACAGGCCGUCGUCAAGGCAACCAGGCUGUCAUGGUAACCGCGCUGACGCUGACGAGCGGCACUUCCUGCUGACGCCGUGAAACUGGAUGGAAAGCGACACAAAAGAUUGAAGCCGAGAAACAACUGUGAAUCUUGACUGUCUUCAACUCUUAAUCGCAAGAAAGAGGCUCAACAGCUGCUCAUUAAUGCAUUUAACAAGGCCAAAGUCCUCCAAAGGGCGAAGCAGACCCGCUGUAAACAACUCUCUAUAUGCAAGUGACACAGACAGCAUCCAGAGGCCGCCUGAGUCUGGAUACAGCAGGCCGGACAGGAACCUCCGCUCCCAGUCCCAGCCAAUAAUGUGGCAGGCCAGCCAGCUGAGCCAGGAUCAAGUCCUGCAGAUGCUGCAACAAGCACCUGCCGCCCCCCCGCAGUCCUUAAACAAAUACAAGGUGCUUCCAUCCAUCGAGAGGAGGCGGUCAGAGGUGAGUCCUGGGAGAAACCUGGACAAGCAGAUGUCAAAGCUCCACCUGUCUGAUGAUGCUCUCCUGCAGCAGAGGCAUGAGGAGCCAGAUCUCCCCUCAUCCAUGGCUGUGACCCAGACCAGCAGCCCUGAGGUGGACAAGAGGGCUGAUGGGCCUCAGCCUCAUGAUCCAGAAUCAAAAAUGACCAGAGAAGAAGACAGCUCCUCUGCAGGUACCACUGGCAACUUGCUGUUAGCUAUCAGAGCACCAUGCGGGAGGAGGUUUCAGCAGCACUUUGACCCCACAGACGCUCUACGGAUGGUGAGAGCCAGUGCAGAGGCCAGGUAUGGAACCAGGUAUGGAGAGGUUUCCAUUGAGACCAUGGACGUGCCACGCAGGACCUUCACAGACAUGGAUAUGACUUUGGCCCAGUGUGGCAUCUUGAACAGAUCAGUGCUGUGCAUCUCUCAGACUGACAGUGAGGUGGAGCAUGAGAGAGCCUAAAAAACUUUAAAGUCUUGUUUUCCAGUUGAAA